GAUCAAACGAGUCUACAAUUUCGUAGCGAACCCGGACUCUUAUUUUGAAAUGGCGUGAACGCUCAGUGCCGAAUCAGCCGCGUUCAGGAGAGACCAGACAGGAAACAGCGCAGCGGUGAGCUGGAUGGGGUGGUUAUCACCGCUCGGGACGGAGAGCGGCUUUAAUUCGUCUUCAGUCAGAAAUGAGCUGAGCUGAGCGCCGUGAGGGAGACGGUCCGGCAGUUUCACGGAGGGGGAUGCGCAGCUGGAAGUGGUACUUCUCCCGGGUCAUGCACCUCUCCCUGCGCUGGUUCCGGCUGUGUCCACGGCGGAGACGGGCGAAGCGGCCCGGGAGGCUCCGGGAUCUGUGGAACUACGGAAAAGUGAUCCUCAAUUCCCUCUACUUCAACACCCUCACCAACUGGGACACGGUCCUCGACUCCAUGUUCGAACCCGUUUACUGGCUGGUGGACAACCUGACCCGCUGGUUUGGCGUGGUGUUUGUGUGUCUGGUGAUUGCUCUCACCAGCUCCGUGGUGUUGAUCGUCUACCUCUGCGUCCUCCCGCUGAUUAUAGACACAUACCCCGCUCACUGGAUCCUCUGGCACCUCUGUUACGGCCACUGGAACCUCGUAAUGGUGGUCUUUCACUACUACAAAGCCACCACAACCUCCCCUGGAUGUCCUCCACAGGAGAAGAGCGAUAUUCCUACAGUGACCAUUUGUAAAAAGUGUAUCGUUCCCAAACCAGCAAGAACGCACCACUGCAGUAUCUGCAACAGGUGUGUUUUGAAAAUGGACCACCACUGCCCCUGGCUGAAUAACUGCGUGGGCCACUUCAACCAUCGCUACUUCUUUUCCUUCUGCCUUUAUAUGACCAUGGGCUGCAUCUACUGCAGCAUCAGCGCCAAAGACAUGUUCUUGGAUGCUUACAAUGCCAUUGAGAGCUAUUAUCAGACUCCUCCCCCUUCGUUCACGGCUCAGGAGAGGUUGUUUCAUAAGAGCCUUCUGUACCUGUGGGUGCUCACCAGCUCGGUGGCGCUUGCCUUGGGAGGACUGACCAUCUGGCAUGCUGUGCUCAUCACCAGAGGAGAGACCAGCGUGGAGAGACACAUCAACCGCAAAGAGAAGAAGCGGCUGAAGGAGCGGGGCAAGGUGUUCCGGAAUCCAUAUCACUACGGAAAAAUAAAUAACUGGAAGAUACUGUUUGGUGUAGAGAAGUCCAGUCACUGGUUAACGCGGGUGCUCCUACCCUCCAGUCACCUGCCCUGUGGAGACGGGAUCGUCUGGGACAGCCCUCCGCACAGAAAGGAGGCCAUGGCCAUAUGAGCUCCAGUCACACAGAAUGGACCCACAUUUCAAUCCAGACCUUCACCAGCGGAACCAGUGGAAGCACUGCAGCUCGUGAAAAGGAGAGAAUCUGCACUGCUGCACUGCUGAACCACUGCUCCUCUUCAGCCUCAUCACCAGGAGAACCUGUUCUUGUGUGUUUGUACUGUCGUGUAUUAGUGAGUCUCAACUGUGCACCGAGUUCAGAAGCUGCACUUGGUGCCAAAGAUCUUCUGCAGAAAGAUCUGAACGGGAUCCAGCGGUCAUAACGAGUGUUUUAAUAGGAUUUUAUUAUUUAUUAAAAUAUUAAACUCUUAGAAAUAAAGGUGCCAAAAAGGAGCGAUGCCAUUAGACGAACCACUUCUGGUUCCCUAAAGAUGCUUUUGGUUGAUGUUUCUUUGAAAAACCUUUUUUUUAACCCUCCUGUUGUCUUCAAAUUUACUAACAUCUAACAUCCUUGAGGUCAGUUUGACACCAGCAGUUUAAAUAUCUGGGAAAUAUAAUACGUGUGGUGUGAACUAUCUGUGGUUCUCGCAGUGCUACAGGUUGGGGUUCUAAAGCAGAGGGAAGCUUUUUAAAGAUUAUAAGUUGCAUGUUAUAGUGACCUGAGUAUCAUCCAAAACAACCAAAACAAAUAUGUGUAAAAUGACAUUAAUUAUAUUUUUUUGCAGCUAAAACAUCAAAUUGACCCCAAACAGAGGUGCAUACAAAAUGUAUACAGGAAAACAUAUCAUGUUAAUGUUAUGUUUACUCAGUUGUCACCAUAAAUAUUUGACCCCAUUCAGUGUUCAACGGGCUCAGUUUGACUGUGUUAAACACUGAAUGGGGUCCAAUCGAGCCCAAAGAUAAUAGGAAAGUUAAAUUAAUGGACUGUUAAUUUGUUGUGUACCUAGAACCUUAUAUCCAUUUCGCAAUAGGGAUGCACCAACCAUGAAUUUUCAGAUUUCUUUACAGUUAAACUAGCGAUUUUUAUCAGCUUUAGAAGCUCAAACUGGCUGAAUCUCAAACGGCUGAUACAGAGCACUGAACAGGCCAUGAAACUACUGCUUCUACACCCAAACAGUGCAUUGUGUGUUAUAUAGUGAGUCGUGCAGCUUAUAGUGGAAUACAAAUGGCUUUCUAUUGGACAUAUAAAGCACUACUUGGCUUUAGAAGCCAAUUUCGUGACCUACAUAGUGCACUACAUAGGGUUAAAACAUGCUGGAACACUUCCAGUACUUUCUAUUGUUUCAUUAUAAAUAACAUUUGCUCUUUAAAGGAAUGGCUCAGAAAAUCUUGUAAACAAGUUUCCACUUAACCCCAAUUAUGUAGUUGAUUAGCCGAGACAUGUUUGAUGUCCAUCUUUAGGAGCUGGAGCUGCAAGGCGAAUGUUGCUUAAAAAAACACUGAAAGUCAAUAGUCACCCAAAACUUUUCUGUGAAAACAGAACUAAGGCCCAGUCCCAUUUCUUAGUUCUACCCCUACCCCUUGUUUUCGAGUGUCCCCUUGCCCCUUGGAGCAGAGUUAGAAGGGGUAGUGGUUGAAAUCUUCCCUCUGAAAUGGGACCCUCAAAUAAAAAGAGCAUCACUUCAUUAACAGCUACCAGCGCUGCUCUGUAGGAGACCCUGCC